AUGAAACUACUUAAAUGCUUCUUUGCUCCCAAAACCGAGUCCUCGAAGCAGGCACUUGAGCCUUCUGCUCCCGACCCCGGAUCUUCAAAGGAGGCACUUGGGAUCUCUGUCGUGACGACUGUCGCGAACGCUCAAGUGGACAUAAUAUUCAUUCAUGGCCUAACUGGUCAUCGGGAAAGGACUUGGACUCACGAAGACGAAAACGAGCCAUGGUUCAAGUCACUCCUUCCCAAAGACCUCCCGACUGCCCGAAUCAUAGCCUAUGGCUAUGAUGCUGAUGUGGUUAAUUUUACGAAGGUCGCUAGCCAGAACACAAUUCGAGACCAUGCGGUGAACCUGAUGAAUGACCUCGCCGGACACCGAAGGUGGGCACCUGGACGGCCCAUAAUUUUUGUCGCGCACAGCCUCGGGGGUUUAGUAUGCCAGAAAGCUCUUAUUCUAUGUACCAAUCCAACCGAGGACGCUCAAAAAGACAUACUUUCGUCAACCCGGGGCAUCGCUUUCCUCGGAACUCCGCAUGCCGGGUCUGACCUUGCAAGAUUUGCAACUGCAGUGGCAAAUUUUGUCCGUUUCAGUCUAGGCAAAAAGUCCAAUACGAAGCUCCUAGAGGUUCUAACCAAAAACUCUGAGGUUCUGGCUGAUAUCAGUAAUGGAUUCUUCACUAUGGUGCGAAGGCGUGAGAGUACUCAAAUGCCCAUCGCCCUCCACGCUUUUGUUGAGGAACUAGACGUAGACUUUCUUGGGCGUCGCGUCGUUGAACCUGAUUCGGCGAGAAUAGUAGGCUACAAUUCUGACACUAUUCACGCUAAUCACAUGGAAAUGACUAAGUUCCGCUCGGCGACUGAUCCGGGAUAUGUAAAGGUUCUAAGUAGGCUAAAAUUAUGGAUUGACGAUGAUGACAAUACGAUUGUAUUGCGAUACGCCAAUUACUUCCACCUUAUGUUUGACACGCUCUUGCCUGGCGUGAAGCUUGCAAAAUCAGAACCUCCGGCCUCAACAAUGAAAGAACUAUGCAAAUCAUCUAGUAUUAGGUCAUCCGUGAAAUGGCUAAUUGACAGUUCGGAAUAUCGAGUUUGGAAAUCUGCAUCCUCAGCAAGGCUCUGGCUUCAUGGAGAACAUGGCGACGGCAAGACGGUCAUUAUGUCCUACAUCUUUAGAAGCCUGUCUCGGUAUGCCCUAUAUCCUGACGGUAUCGCGUCUGUAUUCUGCUCAUGCAAUGAUUCAGAAGAGGGAGUGGUGGCUUCUAUGGCUCUCCAGUUGCUUCGAAACAAGAAUCGUGCCAAAGACUGGCGACUAACAGUUCCCCUCACGAAGUUUCAACCAGAGGACGGGGGUGUGGUCCUUAUUAUUGAUGGCAUUGACAAGAUUGAUUUUUUAGUUCGAUCAUCGUUUCUAGAUAUAUUCAACAAGCUUGAGAAGAAUCCAAGAGCUGGUAUACGAGUUCUAAUUUCGUCAGAAAAAAGAGAUGAUAUACAAAGUGCCCUCAGGCAUUAUCCAAGCAUAGAUAGAGAAAAGGAGAGGAGAGAAUGUCUAAAGACACUAGAAUUCCAGGAAUGGAACGCGAGAGAAAUUGGUGUUCAAAAGGUCGAAAGAGCAGGUAAAAAGGUUUUUCAUCACAAAAAAUACCGCAAAUGGAUCCGAUCCAAACGCUCGUCCGUGUUGUGGUUGGAAGGGAAACCUGGAAGCGGGAAGUCGACCCUUUCAAAAUUCAUGUCUGAUGACGAUAAACGGGUGGACAUUCUUCGGUUUCUUCUUGAUCUUGCGUCUCCGAAUCUGAAUAGCACUUGCGUCGUUAAGAUUUUUAUUGCGAGCAGGCCGGAGAACGAUAUCAAUUCGGGACUACGGCCGGUUCGUCAUCACAUUAAACUACAAGAAGUGAAUGAAGAGGACAUCAGGAUGGUCGUGAGAGGGUGGAUUGAGCGAAUGGUAUCCGAAGCAAAAUGUGAAGAAGAGGUUUUAUCAAAAGUAAAGGACUAUAUUAUGGAAUAUUCUGAUGGGGUUUUUAUGUGGGUGACGCUGGUCUUGAGAGAUCUGGAGCAGUGUAUCGACAAAGGUGGCUACACCAAAUUAACCCUGCAUACUAGACUACGUAGCCUUCCUAAGGAGCUUGGCGGCAAAGAUGGCUUCUAUCGAGCAAUGGUAGAUUCAUUACUGGACGAGUACAAAGAAGAUCAAGAGCACCAAGAGCUUGGGCAACGAAUAUUGGCCUGGGUGACUUUCGCCGAGCGACCUCUAUCAGUUACAGAACUCAGGGAUGCCCUGGCAAUCCCCUCCGGGUUAGACAGAACAGACUUGUCAACAUAUAUUCUUGAGGAUAACAGACCCCAUAAAUUGGAGAGGGCAAUAUUGUCGUUCUGUGGGGGUCUAGUUGAGGUUAGAGACUCGCACGACGGCCGAACUGUGCAACUCAUACAUCAGACUGCCAGAGAAUUUCUUCUGCACAAAGACAAACUCGCGGGGCCAUAUCGCCUCGAACACGUCCAAGGAGUCAUGGAGAUAGCAAUGGCGUGCUGCCGGUACCUCAGCAUCGUCUUUCGCCCGGAUUUACCACUAGGAGAAGCUAACGCAGUAUUGCCAGAAGCCGAGAUUAUAGAAUGUCACUUGUCGGGGAAGUCACUGCUCAUAUAUGCGCUCGUCAACUUCCAAACGCACCUAGAUGACUUGGGAAGCAAUGAUGAGAAAGUACGAAAUGAGUUUAUGGAUUUUGUCAAGCUUCUCAUAAUGCGGAGUAGCUCCUUCGCAUCUCUUCUUCUAGGGCAAUGGAUUCAGGCCCUGAAGUGGCCAUCAAGACUACACGUAGAUGAGACAUCAGCGAGGCUAUACUUGCAUUCUUUAUUACUAUGUGCCGCAGAGACUGGGAACAGGGAGGUCGCGGCGGUAUUGCUUUCUCUUCGAUCAGAUUUGCUUCACAUAGUAGCUUCAAUUGCGGCCGCAAAUGAGGAUGCGUAUGAGGAUUCUGGCGGCCUUGAGCUGUUGCUCAACAUGGGGGCCGACUUCAACGCAAAGGACACGGUUGGCCGGACGCCGGUAUCGUAUGCCGCUGGGAAUGGGCUCAAUCGUAACACGAGUCUGCUACUUAAGAAUAAGGCUGAACCCAAUCUAAAAGACAGGGCUGGCCGGACGCCGCUAUCGUAUGCGUCUGAAAACGGGCACGAGGCUAGCGUCAGGCUGCUACUUGAGAGAGAAGAUGUCGAACUGAACUCGGAAGACACAACUGGACGGACACCGCUAUCAUAUGCUACCGCGAACGGGCACACAGCUGUGGCUGAGCUGCUGCAAUCACAUGUCACGAAAUAUCAAGGCACAAUCUAA